AUGACUUCGGCAAUUUCAAACGGAGCCUUUCCUGGUUCCGUAUUCUUGGUCGCUGAUAGAAAGAAUGGCAUCUUGUACUCGAAUAGUUUUGGACACUUUACUUAUGAUCAAAAUUCAACUCCGAUGAGCCUUCACAGUAAAUUUGAUAUGGCUAGUUGUACCAAGGUCAUUUCAACUACAAGCGCCACUGCUCUCUUAUAUCAGAAAGGGUUGAUUGGAUUGAAGGAUAAAGUCACCAAAUAUUAUCCUAAUUUUGCUGUGAAUGGAAAGGGAGAGAUUACCAUUGAGAAUUUGUUGUUACAUAAUAGUGGAUUCCCUCCAGAUCCAGAUCCAUGGUAUAGCUCAACAGCCUUUGGAUGCCCAGCUACACAAUUCUAUCAUCCACCUCAAGAGUUUACCUGUGCUUCCAAGAUUUAUAAUUCAUGGAUUAAUCAAGUAUUGCAAAAUAAGCCUGGACAAGUUUAUGUCUAUAGUGACUUGUCAAUGAUUUCCAUGAUGUAUAUUAUCGGACAAGUGGUUGAAAAGAAUAUGGCACUUUUAGGAAUGACCAAAGCUGAUUUGAGGGAAGAUUGUGUUCAACAAAUUGGAUUGACAGCUCCAGGUUAUGAGACAUGUUAUUAUGAAGCAUUUGUUAGAAAGCAUGUUUUUAGUAAUUUACAAAUGACAAAAAGUGGAUUCAUUCCAAAACCAGAGGAAAAGUCAACCAUUCCACCAACCUGGAUGGACAAUUCUUAUCAUCAUGAGUUGAUUCAAGGAUAUGUUUCUGAUGAAAAUUGUUACGCACAAGGUGGUGUUGCUGGACAUGCUGGCCUCUUUUCACCAAUGAAUGUGACACAAAGUUCAAGAGCUUUGGGAUGGGACACCAACGCUGAAGGAAACGGAUCCUGUGGCUCACUUUCAAAGAAAACCUUCUUACAUUUGGGCUUUACUGGUACUCAAGUUUGUGGUGAUCCUGACAGACAACUUUUCACCGCCUUUUUAACCAACAGAGUUUAUCCAGAUAAGGACAACAACAAGAUGGCUCCUGUCAGAAAUGCUGUCAAUUCUGAAGUACAAAAAGUCUAUGACCAAUACUACGCUACAUUAUGA